AGGGACUAUUCAGGGUUCUCUUUUCUUACACGUAUCCAGAUUUUACCUGCCAUUCUUCCACAGGUCUCUAAAUGCACCACAUCCAUUCGGGAGCCUGCAUGGGUUGCUGUAACUGGCAUUGCAGGAUUCGAGCCCCGCGAAUUCAAAGAUACAGAAAAGGAGGAAUUUACCAGAUACCCCGGCACAUUGCUCAAGUUGCGUCGAUGGAUCGAGCAGAAUAUGAAUAAAAUAUACCCGCUCUUCCUGGCCAACUCCACGACUCAGGAGCAGUCGCGUGAACACUUUGAAACUUCCAUGCAGGGAAUUUUGAAGGACCCUGUGCUUGAGGAUAAACUUAUUCCGAAGUGGGCUGUGGGGUGUCGACGGCUUACGCCUGGAGUGGGAUAUCUAGAAUCUCUAAAGCAUGAAAAAACCAAAGUUGUUCAUGGUGAAAUUUCAAAGGUCUCGCCCGAUGGUUGUAUCAUGGAAAAUGGGGAAGAUUAUUCAGUGGACAUUCUAGUGUGCGCGACUGGAUUUGAUACUACCUUCAAACCGCGAUUCCCCUUGGUUGGUCCCCAUGGCCGACAGCUUGCAGACGAUUGGAAAGAUGAGCCGCGUAGCUACCUAGGAGUCGCCGCUCCCGGUUAUCCAAAUUACUACAUGUUCCUUGGACCAAAUAGUCCUAUUGGAAAUGGGCCAGUUUUAAUUGGAAUUGAAGCACAAGCCGACUACAUCUGCAAACACAUCACCAGAAUUCAACAACAAGGCAUCAAAUCAAUGGAAGUGACCGAAGAGGUAGUGGACGACUUUAUCGAUUUCAAAGACCAGUACAUGAAACAAACAGUCUGGCAACAAGACUGGCGAUCCUGGUAUAAAGGUAAUACAGCCGAUGGUAAGAUCGUGGCAUUGUGGCCAGGUGGUACAAUUCACUAUGUCAAAGCCUUGGAGAAUGUGCGAUAUGAGGAUUUCAAAGUCCGGUAUUUCGGCAAUCGCUUUGAUUAUUUCGGGAAUGGAAUGACGAAGAUUGAGAUGACGCCUGAUGCGGAUUUGGCCCGGUAUGUUCGAAAUGAGGACAAUGCUCCUAUUAUUGGGUCGAAAUUCACUUAUAUUAAAUCGUCGCCGGAUCAGACUUCUAUUGAUGUGUUGUCUGCGGAUGCCAAUGCAAACUAA